CCUUGUCCCCAUCUGCGUCCCUCAGACCCUCGAGUUGAGGCCACCGCCUUCAGUCCCCCACCAUCCUCCCCCUCCCCAGCUCCCACCCCUGCCUGUGGGGCCUGGAAACGAGAGAGGAAAUGACUGGGACGCUCUGGUCCCCGCCUGCCUGCGUCCGCGCCCGUGGCCACACCCUCCACCCUGAGGCAGCUCCCACGCGGUACUCUGACACUUCAGUCUGGAGAUCUCCAGCUUAGAUAUGUCACUGUUCAGUCGCCUGUGUCUCCUCACUAUUGUCGCCCUGAUUCUGCCCAGCAGAGGGCAGACACCAAAAAGGCCCACAUCCAUUUUUACAGUGGACCAGACUUCUGCAACUACUCACGACAAUGUCUCAGAUCCAGAUCAAACCAGCCCAGGAGUCCAGACCACCCCUUCCAUCUGGACCAGUGAAGUAGAAGCCACAGGAAGCCAGACAGCAUCCAAAACCGAGACCCAGCAACUGACAAAAAGGACCACCUCGAAUCCAGUGUCAGAUCCAGGACCACAUACAAGCAGCAAGAAAGGUACCCCUGCAGUCUCCAGGAUCGAGCCUCUCAGCCCAUCCAAAAACUUCAUGCCUCCAUCCUACAUUGAAUAUCCACAGGAUUCGAAUGAGAACAACCCCUUCUACUACGAUGAUACCACCCUCCGGAAACGGGGACUGCUGGUGGCGGCGGUGCUGUUCAUCACGGGAAUUAUCAUUCUCACUAGUGGGAAGUGUAGGAAGUUGUCUCAAUUUUGCCUGAAUCGCCACAGGUGAGUGCGGGCCAGCAUCCUGAUGGGCACCCCAGCUGGAGCCUCCAAACUACACCAACUCACCACCCCCUGCCUCCUCCCUCUACCCCAAGAGCCUACAGAGUGAUCAACAUGAAAGAAUCCUGAAAGGAAGAGGCCACUGGAGGGAGUCGGGCUUAAGGCUAACUAUCUUCCCACCCUGGGGGGAGAGGUCUCCCUAGGCACUGCUGUGGCCCUAUCUAUGCUGUUCAGAUAAAUCCACAUGGUCUCUUC